ACUCUUGACGAAUCCAAUCUGCAGGCAGUCUUACUGUGCUUUAACAUCGCCAGGAGUGGGUACUUAUCUCCUCCAUGGGGCAAUACCUAUCUUUCUUGAAUGCGUUUAUAUAAUCUUGCCUUGCUGCACUGUCCCUUGGACUCAUCCGAGAACUAUCUCCUGCGGCCCACGUGCUGGAUUUGCUGUUACCAGCAGUCACUAAUUGGCAUUUACUCUUAGCGCAACGUUGUUCUAGUAUAUUAGCCCGCCUAGUCGGACCUCAACAAUACCAUGAUACCAAGGUCGAAUACUGCGGCGGCAGCACCACCUCAGCGACAAUCAUGCGACCGUUGUCACAGACAGAAGCUGCGAUGUAUACGGAACAAGGAUAACAGCAAUGUUUGCGAUCGAUGUCUUUCAAAAGGCGCCCAGUGUGUAUUCAGCUCUUCUCUGCCCAAGGGACGUCCAAGUUCAAACGCAAGAUCGGUCCGUCGCCUCACCAUGGAGACGAGAACGAACGGUCUUCCUGAGACUAGUGCGCCUGAAGUUGCACAGCAGAUUCUGACAACCGAUCCAUCUUCUUCCGAGAGAACGGCACCGAAGAUCCUCCCCCAACCAAUGCAAAAUCAGAUAGACUACUCCCUGUCUACCUGGCCGUGGAUAGGUGCCACAGCCUGGGAAGAGGCGCAAUCUGAUAUGACAUGGGAUGGACUGGAAUUCAGCGUCUCCGACGUCGACGAUCUCCUGGCGAGCGCGAACGCUUGGGGAAGUGAUACUAGUGGGGCGGAGGACUUGACCUCUUUCUCACCACUUAGAUCGCCAUCCGUGCCGAGCCCACCGAAUUUUCACGACCAUAACAUUGGAAAGACAAGGCCCGGAAACUACGAGAGACCGCAUGUUGGGAGUGGCAACGGUAUGCAAAAGAGCAUGGCUGCAAACUCCACAAGCAAUUUUCCGGACAAGAGCCCGAGUAUAGUAAUAGGUCAACUCUCUCAACUCAGCGUACAAUUGUCGAAUUUGCGCGCCUCGAGCCAUAUUCUAGCGCAGGCCGCAGACUUUUCAUUUGGUAGAGGGCCUAACGAAGGACAAUCUUCGCUCAUCGACUCCGCCGCUUUCGAAUCGGUUGUCGCUUGGCUGCCGCCCGAAGAGAGCGCCGGUACAUUAGAUCCGCAACGCUCCAACGUCUCCGCUGAUGGUCCUAACCUUCAGUCAAGCAUCACACCGCAGAUAGGUACUCCAAAUGGCCCUGGUCUUCUACGAGAUGUAUUUUCGGCCUCACAUCGCUUGAUGCAGAUUACACAAAAUCUAAAAGCAGACGAUAUCACACGGCAUCUUGUAAUGGCAUGCGAGGCCUUACUGCUAGAGAUCUAUGCCGCAAUUUUGACGGCUCUCCAGCACGAGGCAUACCCAGGCGAUACAGCCAGUGCAACGGCACUCGGCAAUGUUCGGCUUGUGCUUGUGGUCCAGCUCUGUGCUUAUCUGGUCGAACGACAACACCAGGCUGUAUGGCAAUGUCUCAAUCCAACCAACAUUCAAAACCAUAACCUCCCCAGUCCCAUCCAACCGGGAAAUGUCGAGACGGAUUGCCUCAAGGACUUGAAGGCUCAGGUGCAGCAGAAACUUGCGCGAUUGCGGCAGAUGCUGCGAUGCAGCUGAAACAAUGCCGCGAUCGUCCGUCGUCAGUGCUGUAGAAGGCAUACAGUCUAGAAUGUGUUAUCUUCUUCAUUAGAGUCAUUUAGAAAAGAAUUCUUUUGAUGCGCCGACCUAGAGCCGAAUCACCCUGCAUUUGCUAGUUCGGCGAACCGCGGCCAUGCACCUACUACGUAAGAAUACCGCCAUUCGGCUCACGUUGCAGUCGAGCGCAUGAACGGAAUCUGACACGGCAGUGUACUUGCGU